AUGUUUAAAUCAAUUGCGCCUACUGCUAUUACCACUACGAACAACACUUCUGCUGGCACUGUGAAUACUACUAAACAUUCAUCCAGUACACAACCUUUACAAAAGAAUGUACCCGCUUUUUUAAACAAGCUUUAUAGCAUGGUAAAUGAUCCAGAAUCAGACGACCUUAUUUGCUGGGCAGACGACGGUGCAUCUUUCUUUGUCAACCGUCAAGAAGAUUUUGCACGAAAAGUACUACCGCGAUUCUUCAAACACAACAAAUUUUCUUCAUUUGUUAGACAACUCAAUAUGUAUGGAUUUCACAAAGUGCCUCAUUUGCAGCAAGGUGUUUUAGAGACAGAUAGUGAUUCGGAGCGCUGGGAAUUUAGCAACCCCAAUUUCCAAAGGAAUCAGCCUGACCUUCUUUUGCUUGUUACUCGCAAAAAGGGACCUAGUGCAGACGAAAAAGAAUUCAGCACAAUUGAUCUUCAUCAUAUUCUUGAAGAGAUCAGAUCAAUAAAGAAGCAUCAAUUGAAUAUUUCUUCUCAGUUACAAGCAAUUCAGAGAGAGAACAGAUCAUUGUGGCAAGAUACAAUACAAGCAAGAGAGCGCCACUCACGUCAUCAGGAAACAAUCGAUAAGAUACUUCGGUUUCUGGCCUCUGUCUUUUCAAACGGAGAAAAACGAGCGGCUAUUCCUCGAAAAAGACGUUUCUUACUCGGCCCUGCUAGUGGGGAUGACUUGGAAAACGAUUUAGUAGAAGAGUUGCUUGAUAUUAAGCAAGAGCCAGAAACAGAAAGACCAACAAAAAUUGCACGUCAAGAUCCUCCAUCAAAUGGUUUCAAUUUGGAUGAUUAUGUCAAUGGAAAGAAUGAUGUUGUAAGACUAAGUUCUACAUUACCGCCUCAUAUCAAACGAUCUGCCUCAGCGCCUAAUACUUCAUCUACAUUAAAAGAUGCCAUUGCAUUAAACGACCAAGCAAAGCAAGAUAAUCAAGCAUUAACAACAUCCAUGCAUGAUUUUAGCAACAACAAUAUACCUCAAAUUCAAAAUUUACAAAACUUGAUUGCUUUAGCACAAGCAAAUCCUGAUUUACUUUCACAGCUCACCAAUGAAGCAUUCUACAACAAUAGCAACAACAGCAACAACAACAAUAUCAACGGUAUUACAGAUCAGUCUUCUUUAGCUUCCCUCGCCAUACCUAACCAUAAUAGCAAUAAUAAUAAUAAUAAUGCACUUGCCGCUUCUCCAGAUCAAAAAUUACACCAAGUGACAAACAGCAUAAAUAACAUUGCAGAUUCCACUGAAGCAUUAAAUCAAGAUAUUGAUGACCUUGGUCUAAGUUUACAAGUAUUAGCUCAACACCUUGGUUUUGAUCCAACCAAACUCACAUCAAAUGCCAACUCACUUAUGUUUUCUGAUCAGCAGCCACAACCACAACAGGAACAACCUAAUGAAGAUGAUUUGAUAGACAUGGAUGAAUUUUUGAAUGCAUACGGUAAGUAG